AUGGAGGAACAAGAUGGCGUUCUAAAUAUCACAUCAGCGAAAUGGUCUGAAAAAAAAUAUCGAAAUGGAUUCAAUAACAAUAUCAACGGCAUUAUCCUAGAUAUCAAACGACCAAUAAGGCAUAAGCUCUGGCCGGCCAAUGAGGCCCUCCAUGACCAGCUCUGGCGUGGGUCCGACAAAGAAAUACAGGUCAAGCAUUCCUCCGAUCCCCUUUCCAAGCUCGUCAACAACCAACCCGAAAGCAUUCCUCUGGCCAAUGCCAAACGGGAUGAACUCAAAAUGUUUACCUCUGAAAUCAACUUUCGGGUGAAAGAACCUCUCGGGAACAAAAUUUUCAGGAUCGUCCCUACCAGUGGCCCACGCGUUGAUCACGACCGUUCUGCCGACAGAUAUAUCGUAGCCCAUGACUUUGGUGUCGUGAGUGGAUUCAGGAGAUGA